CUUCUCAUUCCGCUCCAUUACUCUCCAAUGGAAGAAGAUGAUCAGAAAGAACUGCAACUACUCCCUUCACCCUCUUCAACACACCUAUCUACCCGGAUGUCAGGUUCUUCUGAGAGGUCCCAUUCAACAGCAUCUGGGUCUUGCGAUGGAUCGCUCGACCUACAGUUGUCCAUCAGCCUUCAACCAUUUCGGCAGCCAUCUGAUUGUAUACUGGCAAGACACCUCAGUGAGCAUGACCUUAACAGAAACACCAACUAUGGUUGUGUUGAAGCUUUGAAGUGGCAAGCUGCAGAGCAAAUUCGACUAGCUGCCAUUGAGAAGGCUUAUGCAGAGCGAGUGAGGGAGCUAACGAGGCGGGAGAUGGAAUUGGCGCAAUCAGAUUUUGCACGAGCAAGGCAGAUUUGGGAGAGAGCGCAGGUAGCAGUGGAGAAAGCUGAGAGAAUGAAAGAGAAGGCGACCCGCCACAGAGAUUCUACAUGCAUGGAAAUCACUUGUCAUGCUUGCCGCCAGCGAUUCCGACCUCAGCAGUGAAGACUCAGACCAGAGGCUUGGUUCAGAAGGUGGCUACGAGUAGUAAGUCUUCUAAGUACACAUCUGUGUAAAGAUUGCUUUCACUAUCAUCAUAUUAGCUCGUCUGAGAGACCAACUCAGUCCACUUCAAGAAAAAACUGAGCCAGAUGGAUGCCAAGUCAGAGUCACCAAAAUAAGCAUUAAAUUCUGCAUCACAUUGAAAAAGAAAAGAGAGAGAGAAACACAAUAAAAUCACGAGAGAACUUCCAACACAAUCUGCUAUUCUUUUUUUUUUUCUUUCCUUUUUCUUUUUCAUUUCCUCAGAUCAAGGAAACAAACUCCGACAACUGCAUAAUGAAUUUUCAAAAUUUUGAUUAGAAUGCAUUAAACUAGAAGAUUUAUCUGAUAUUUAUGUUGAUUCUUGAACGUCUGAUGUAAUAUCAUCUUGUUUUGAAGCCUGCAUCAUAAGAGGCUCAACUUCAAGCAUUUUCUUUC